CACAGAAGCGAUAUCAAGCGUAUUCAGCGGCGGGAGCGCGCACCGCUGCGCAGGCACAAGGUUUCAGCACCAAGGGCAGAGACUACACAGAGCAUCGGCGAGCAUCAGGUCAUCAGAGUGAAGAUCCUGGAACCAUGGCUGAACCGGAGAACCUGCGCUUCUAAUGGGCAUUGACCAAACCUGGCCGCCAUUUAGGCAAUCCGCAGCAUACUGACAAUUCGCCUGAAGACGAAAAACAGCAUGGGGAAAAUCAACAGGAGCGAAGAGUCGGUUUUCUGGGACGCUGCAUUCAAUUAACAUUUUAGUUGAAAACGAAACGCAUUUAAAGCAGUCUAAAUUAAGUGUACAUAUUGUUCGACACGGAAUUUCAAUGUAAUUACAUUCCAGUGGUGUUGUUUUCAACCUGGUGUUGUGGCUACUUGGCCCACAGGGAUCAGUUUACCUGGCUAUAGUCCGACGGACGUCGCGACACAUUCAGAAAACUCGUUCUGGUCUUUCCAUUAACCAUAAAAAUGCGUCUUUUUGUCUUAGCUUUUUUCAUCUCUUGUUCUUGUGCCCGGGGUGGCUGCGAGCCGAAAAUCGUUAACAUCGGUGCUGUUCUCAGCCAGAAGAGGUUUGAACAAGUGUUCAAGGACGCGGUCGCCCAGGCAAACAAUAUUUACGGCAAGGAGAAGUUCAAGAUGAACGCAAUUUCUGUAACCCACAAACCCAAUGCCAUACAAAUGGCUCUCUCUGUUUGCGAAGACCUCAUAUCAAACCAGGUGUACGCCAUCCUAGUAAGCCACCCUCCCCAGUCCAACGACCACCUCACCCCGACCCCCGUCUCCUACACGGCCGGAUUCUACCGCAUCCCCGUGGUGGGACUCACCACACGCAUGUCCAUCUACUCUGACAAGAGCAUCCACCUGUCCUUCCUGCGGACGGUGCCACCCUACUCACACCAGGCCCAGGUGUGGUUCGACAUGAUGCGCGAGUUCCAGUGGAACCACAUCAUCCUCAUCGUCAGCGACGACCACGAGGGCCGGGCUGCCCAGAAGAGGCUGGAGACCCUGCUGGAGGAGCGCGAGACCAAGGCGGAGAAGGUGCUGCUGUUCAGCCAGGACACCAACCUCACAGCGCUGCUGAAGGAGGCCAAGGAGCUCGAGGCACGCGUCUUCGUCCUCUCUGCCAGUGAAGACGAAGCGGCGGAGCUGUACAAGGCGGCGCGCGUGCUCAACAUGACGGGCUCGGGCUACGUGUGGCUGGUCGGGGAGAGGGAGAUGUCUGGUAAAGCUCUGAACGAAGCGCCAGAUGGCUUGCUCGGCCUUCAGCUGAUCAACGGCAAGAACGAGUCGGCGCACAUCUACGACGCCGUGGCCAUCGUGGCGCAGUCCAUCCAGGAGCUCUUUGAGAAAGAGAACAUCACAGAGCCGCCGCGAGGCUGCGUGGGCAACACCAACAUCUGGAAGACCGGCCCGCUCUUCAAACGCGUGCUGAUGUCAUCCAAGUACGCAGAUGGCUUGACGGGCCGUGUGGAGUUUAACGAUGACGGCGACCGUCGCUUCGCCCACUACACCAUUAUGAACUACCAGAAGACUCGUCUGGUGCCCGUGGGCGUCUACAAUGGCUCACAAGUGCUGAUGAACACCCAGCGCAAGAUCAUAUGGCCCGGAGGAGAGACCGAGAAACCUCGAGGAUACCAGAUGUCAACCAAACUCAAGAUCGUCACCAUUCACCAGGAGCCGUUCGUCUAUGUGAAGCCAGCCCAAACAGACGGCACCUGCCAGCGAGAGCACACGGUCAACGGGGUCUUAAUCAAGAAGGUCAUCUGCACUGGCCCCAAUGAAACCAUCCCAGGCAGACCUAUCGUGGCGCAAUGCUGCUACGGUUUCUGCAUUGACCUCUUGAUCAAGUUGGCCAUGACUAUGAACUUCACCUACGAAGUCCAUCUCGUGGCUGAUGGAAAGUUUGGCACCCAGGAGCGUGUGAAUAACAGCAAUAAGAAGGAGUGGAACGGCAUGAUGGGAGAGCUCCUGGGUGGCCUGGCUGACAUGAUCGUCGCGCCGCUCACCAUCAACAACGAGCGUGCGCAGUACAUCGAGUUCUCCAAACCAUUCAAAUACCAAGGGCUCACCAUUCUCGUCAAAAAGGAGAUCCCACGGAGCACGCUGGACUCCUUCAUGCAGCCGUUUCAGAGCACCCUGUGGUUACUGGUGGGUCUGUCGGUCCAUGUUGUGGCGGUGAUGCUCUACCUGUUAGACCGGUUCAGCCCAUUUGGAAGGUUUAAGGUGAAUAGUGAGGAGGAAGAGGAGGAUGCCCUCACCUUGUCCUCUGCUAUGUGGUUCUCCUGGGGAGUGUUACUCAACUCCGGAAUUGGAGAAGGUGCCCCACGGAGCUUUUCAGCGAGGAUCUUAGGUAUGGUGUGGGCAGGCUUUGCCAUGAUUAUCGUAGCAUCCUACACUGCCAAUUUGGCAGCCUUCCUGGUGCUGGAUCGGCCUGAGGAGCGCAUUACCGGCAUCAACGACCCUAGGCUGCGAAACCCAUCAGACAAAUUCAUCUACGCCACAGUGAAGCAGAGCUCUGUGGACAUCUACUUCCGGCGGCAAGUUGAGCUGAGCACCAUGUACCGUCACAUGGAAAAGCACAACUACGAGAGCGCCGCCGAGGCUAUCCAGGCUGUGCGGGACGGCAAACUCCAUGCCUUCAUCUGGGAUUCAGCGGUACUGGAGUUUGAAGCCUCGCAGAAAUGUGACCUGGUUACUACAGGGGAGUUGUUCUUCCGCUCUGGAUUUGGCAUAGGCAUGCGCAAGGAUAGUCCUUGGAAACAAAACGUGUCCCUAGCCAUUCUCAGCUCCCAUGAGAAUGGCUUCAUGGAGGACUUGGAUAAAACCUGGGUGAGAUAUCAGGAGUGUGACUCGAGAAGCAACGCUCCAGCCACGCUCACCUUUGAGAACAUGGCAGGUGUCUUCAUGUUAGUGGCUGGAGGCAUCGUUGCAGGCAUCUUCCUCAUCUUCAUUGAGAUCGCCUACAAGCGGCAUAAGGACGCCCGUCGGAAGCAGAUGCAGCUGGCGUUUGCAGCAGUGAACGUCUGGAGGAAGAACCUGCAGGAUAGAAAAAGUGGUAGAGCAGAGCCCGACCCCCAAACGAAAGGCUCCUUUAGGUCCGUCAGUACCUCCCUGGCCUCCAACAUCAAGAGACGUAGGUCGUCCAAAGACACGCCCUACCCCACAGAUAUCACAGGACAGCUGAACCUGUCGGACCCCUCCGUCAGCACAGUGGUCUAAAGGGGUGGACAGACACCGAGAGAGAGAGAGAAAAGAGAGAGCGACUGGAAGCGUUUUUGGAGAGGAGGGCUCAACAGACCAGAGACGCAGAGCCAGCAUUGCUUCUUCUUCACCUGAGCCACUGAGUCCAAACAUGUGGAGCCAGUCACGCAG